CCUGGGUGAGGUGUUGACGGUUGGAAAGCGAUGAGUUCCAAGCGGAGCCGGAGCCGGGACAGGGACCGGGACCGGGACAGGGACAGGGACCGGGACCGGGACCGCAGCCGCUACAAGAGGAAGGAGAAGCGGCGCCGCUCCCGGUCAGCUUUCCGGGACGGGAGAUGCAGGAGGAACCGCAGCCCGUCUCCCCGGCGGUUAAAACCGCGCUCGUCCCCCGCCCGCUCCAGGAGCCGGUCCCGUUCGCCGCCGCUUUCUCCCCGUCCCGCCGCCGCCGCCGCCUCCUCCUCCUCCUCAUCCUCAUCAUACUCCUCCUCACCCUCACCUUCACCCUCCGGCAGCCCGAGCAGUGUCAGCCGCUUGCUGAGCCUCCAGGAGAAGCUGAGGCAGAAAGCCGAGAAGAAGCAGCAGCGAGAACUGGCCAAGGCCAUCGAGACCCCGGAGGAGAAGCGGGCCCGCCGCCUGGCGAGGAAAGAGGCUAAAGAAAGGAAGAAGAGGGAGAAGAUGGGCUGGAGCGAGGAGUACAUGGGCUACACGAACGCGGACAAUCCAUUCGGAGACAACAACCUGCUGGGCACCUUUAUCUGGCAUAAGGCUCUGGAAAAGAAAGGAAUUAGUCACCUAGCUGAGAAAGAUUUAAAGGAGAGAAACAAGCAAAUUCAAGAAGACAAUCGCUUGGAAUUGCAAAAGGUGAAACAGCUACGUCUGGAACGAGAGCGGGAAAAGUGCCUACGGGAACAGGAAUUGGAAAUGUUACAACGUGAGAAGGAAGCAGAGCAUUUUAAGACCUGGGCAGAACAAGAGGAUUAUUUCCAUUUACAGCAAGCUAAACUGAGAUCAAAGAUCCGCAUUUUAGGAGGCAGAGCCAAGCCAAUUGACCUUCUUGCAAAGUACAUCAGUGCAGAGGAUGAUGAUCUAGCUGUAGAAAUGCAUGAACCGUACACCUUUCUAAACGGGCUGACUGCAUCAGACUUGGAAGAUCUUCUUGAGGAUAUCAGGGUCUAUAUGGAGUUGGAGCAAGGAAAGAAUGCUGACUUUUGGAGAGAUAUGACUACUAUUACUGAGGAUGAAAUAAGUAACCUGAAAAAACUUGAAGCUUCUGGAAAAGGACCAGGAGAGAGAAGAGAAGGAAUUAACACUUCAGUGAGCACUGAUGUCCAGUCAGUAUUUAAAGGAAAAACUUACAACCAGCUUCAAGCGUUGUACCUGAACAUUGAGGCAAAGAUCAAAACUGGUGGUUCAAAUCUGGACAUUGGCUAUUGGGAAUCGUUAUUGCAACAACUCAAGGCAUAUAUGGCCAGAGCCAGACUACGUGAAAGGCAUCAGGAUGUGUUGCGUCAGAAGCUUUACAAACUGAAGCAGGAGCAGGGCGUGGAAAGUGAACCCUUGUUUCCCAUUCUAAAGAAAGAAUCAGAGUCUCCCAAGGAAAAAGUUGACGAAACAGGUCGAAAUGAAUUACAUCAGAAUAUUUGCGUGCUAAACCAAAAUCAACAAGUUGAAAAUGAGUCAUUCUUCGCAAUUCCAAAUAAAGAGCCUCCAUUUCCUAAGGACAGAUCAAAUGAAAACAAGGAAGUACCGGGCACUUCUGCCUCAGGCACUUCAGAAACAAAUGAAGAAGAUGAGAAUGCAGAACCGGAAGCUGAAGGAGAGGCAGUGCUUACUGAGGAGGAUCUAAUCCAGCAAAGCUUGGAUGAUUACGAUGCUGGCAAAUACAGUCCUAGGUUACUCAGCCCUCAUGAAUUACCUAUGGACACCCACAUAGUAGAUGCUGAAGAGGAUCUGCAAAAAUUAAUGAUGGCAAGGCAACAAUUGCAAGUGACAGGUGAUGCUAGUGAGAGUGCUGAAGAUGCUUUUGUACGCAAAGCCAAGGAGGGAAUGGGAACUGACGAAGCUCAGUUCAGUGUGGAGAUGCCCUUAACUGGUAAAGUCUACCUUUGGGCUGACAAAUAUCGUCCAAGGAAACCCCGCUUCUUCAACCGUGUUCAUACAGGCUUUGAGUGGAACAAGUACAAUCAAACCCAUUAUGAUUUUGACAAUCCUCCUCCAAAGAUUGUCCAGGGUUACAAAUUCAACAUAUUUUAUCCAGACCUUAUUGACAAAAGAGCAACCCCACAAUACUUCCUAGAGCCGUGUGUGGACAACAAAGACUUUGCAAUUCUACGCUUCCAUGCAGGCCCUCCAUAUGAAGAUAUUGCUUUCAAAAUUGUGAACCGUGAGUGGGAGUACUCUCACCGGCAUGGUUUUAGAUGUCAGUUUGCCAAUGGGAUAUUUCAACUAUGGUUUCAUUUUAAAAGAUAUCGUUACAGAAGAUAGAAGCUGCUGAGUAAAAGGAUAUGACUGUUUGUUUGUUGUGUUUUCAUUGCAUUCUUUUCUGAGAUUGUCGACCAGUAAUGAAUGUUGCAAAAGACUUUAAAACAGUGUUCUCAAACAAGACUGAAACACUUUUUUUUCAUAAUGAUGAGAGAUAAAUUUUAAUCCCUUCUAUACUGUGAUUUUUCUAGUAAGCUUCUGUGGUCAUGGGAAUGCAAGCUAAUUAUAAAUUCAAAAUACUGCCCUGCUGUAAGAACAAUCUCCUAAAAUGACUUUGCAUCGUUUGAGGUAUAUUUGUGUUGUUACUUUGAUCUCUAUUGCAAGAACUUGGAAGUUCUUUUUUCCAUACUUUUUUUUUAGUAGGAAUAUAAAAAUUGGAAUAGGCUGUUUUAAUCCCUCAAGCCUAUUGCACCAUUCUUGAGAUCAUGGUUAAUCUACAAUUCAACUUCAUUUGCCUGCUUAUGUUCCAUGACCCUUCAUAUAUCUGGUGACCAAAAACCUAUCAAACUCUAUUUGAAAAUUAAUCAUUUAUAUAUAGAAAUUCUCUUCAACAAAUGAUAAUUGGUACCACCCUUUGCGAGAAGAAAUGUUUUAUUAUUUAGUUCUUGAUAAGGCUAGCUUCAAUUUUUAGACCGUUCUUUUCUCCUCCUCCCCCUCCCACAGCCCCCGGUCCUAAACAUUCUGACUGUUUUUUUCCCCAUCAACCCCAGUUGUCACCCUUAAUAUCUUAAAGCUUUGAUUAAAUCAUCUCUUGGCUUGCUAAAUCUCUAGUGUCUUUUCAUAAAAAUUAUCUUGAUUUACUGUUCUGUGAACUGACACAGCCCUAUAAUGUUUUGUCCCAUGCAACAUUACAUUGAGAUCCUGACUUGCCAUAAAAUAUCUAAAUAUAAAAUCUUGGAUGGUGUUAUUGGCAAAGGAAGACUCCAGUUCUGUAAAUUCAGAAUUCUCCAGUUCAAUAACUGUUUCAUCAAUUAUGGUCAGUUUUCACACAGUAAGAUUCCACAUGCCUCUAUUUAUAGAUAUUUGUAGUUAGUAUUUUUUUAAGGGAUAAAUGCUAGUGCAAUGUUUUUUUUUGCUGAAUAAAGCUAUGGAUUGUUUACAUCCACCUAAGCAGUGAACUUGGGCCUUUAGAUGAUGUGUCAGCGGGAUGGCAUGCCCAUAUUUAAUUAAGAUCUGGACUAAGGCUUGAUGCCACAUCUUUGUAUUUUCAGAUAUACUGUAUAGGUAAAACUAUUGACAGACUCCUAAAUGGAGAUGCCUCGCAGUAAAAAAUACACCUAAUCUGUAUCAGUUGAAAUUUUGUCAUGCUGUCUAUUAGCAUUUUGCACUUAGAGCUUGUAAAAUAGGAUAAAUAUUAGUAAUUGGUUGAAAUUAUUUACCUAUCAAAACUCCAAAUAUUGUAAUGACUUUGAUUUUUACCACUACUGUUGUGUCUUUGAACCAAUGAAGAACGAAAAGCAGGAAGCAGAGUUAACUUGAAUUGACCAUUUUUCCUAAAGCUGUCUUUAACUCAACAAUAGUUACAAAAGUGAUCAAAUUGCUCAAAUUACUCCAUGCAAUUUUUGUCUGUCAUUUCUUUUCAGGUGACCGUAUACAACAGGCAAUAAUAUUUUACAUUACAUUUUUUUUAAAAAAGAAAUAAUUCUAAAAGAAGUAAAUAAAAUUGCAUAUAAGAAUAGUUGCUAUGUGAUAGAAAUUCCACCAAAUGUCCGUUCUUCUUGCUGUAGUUUCAAUCGGAAAUGCACUUCUCAUCCUGGAAUUUUCAGCUGUGGUCAGCAAGUUCUUUUUGUGCAUUAAAUGAAAUGUUUCUACUCCAGUGCUGUGAAACUAUGAUCCAACUGCAUGGUGGCUCAGUGGUUAGCACUGCUGCCUCACAGCACCAGGGUCCCAGGUUUGAUUCCAGCCUCUGGUGACUUCUGUGUGGAGUUUGCACGUUCUCCCCGUGUCUGUGUGGGUUUCCUCUGGGUGCUCUGGUUUCCCCCCACAAUCCAAACGUGCAGGUCAGGUGAAUUGACCAUGUUAAAUUACCCAUAGUGUUAGGUGCAUUAGUCAGAGAGAAAUGGGUCUGGGUGGGUUACUCUUCGGAGGGUCAGUGUGGGCUUGUUGGGCCAAACAGCCUGUAUCCACACUGUAGGGGAUCUAAUCUACAAACUUAUAAUCUGUGUCACAUGAAAAUAAGAUGAAGACUGAGUUUUUUAUUUUAGUUCCUGUAAAGAAAUUUUGUGUGAGGUGUAUCGUGCAAUUCACUGUUUAGUUUUUUUUGUCAUUAACCAUAGUAAUUGUUGCAAUUUGUUAUGAACAUUAACUAAAACAGUUUAAAGUCAUCUUUUCAGCAUAUUGUACAGUUUUCUUGAUGAUUAUCGAUGAUUAAGUCAGCAAAAGCUAAAGAUUCCCUAGGCAGUAAGGCAAAAAAAAAUGUAUUUUUCUGAUUCUAGAAAUAAUUUCUGGA